AUGGAGGACGACGGAAGGGAGGGCAGUGGUCAAGGACUGCUGCGUCCUCUAUCGACGCCCAACCUCGCAUCUCGUUUCCCCUCGCUUCGACGCAUCAAUUCCACCGAGCCAUACAAGCACCGGUCACUACCUGCCGAGGGCGGCCCCGCAGAGGGCUCUGACCGCGCCAGCAGCGAGAUCACCUUCGCCGUGCUGUACGAUGAUGGACCUGACUACCACGUAGGCCAUUAUGACGACCAAGGUUCGAUGCACUCGACCAACAACAGACCCGACUCAGUCACCUCCUUUGCACCCUCCUUCCGAACCCGCGACUCGCGCAUCCCCAGCGACGACAACGACUUUGUGGCCAACCAGAGGCUGCUUGCAGAAGGAUACCUCAAUAAUCAAGAUACCUCCUAUGACCCCCAUCGUGCGCGCUUUAAUACUCAGUCCGAAGAAACACUAGCGAUGAACACCUUGCAUAAUUCAUAUUCACCUAAUGAAAAGAGACCUAUGUCCCUGCGUACCGGCCAACAACAGUCUCAGCACUCGAGGGAGUCGUGGUGCACCUGUGACGAAGACCACGGUCACGGCAUGCAAUCAGCGGAUCCUCAGAAGGUUGAUCUGGAGAAGGGCCCUCCUACACCAACACCAUUGCUGGGCAAAGACCAGAAGCCCGAUUCGCACAAGGUCGACUUCACUGGCCCCAAUGACCCGCUCAACCCCAAAGCGUGGCCAAACAAGAAGAAGUGGGCAGCUACUCUGGUCACUGCCUCCUUCACCUUCAUCUCACCUUUGGCGUCGUCCAUGAUUGCGCCAGCACUGUCACAAAUGGCUGAAGAGUUCAACACUGAACAAGGCAUCGAGACCCAGAUGAUGCUUUCGAUUUUCGUCUUGGCCUAUGCCGUUGGUCCUAUGUUCCUUGGUCCCUUGUCCGAGCUGUACGGUCGUGUGCUGGUCCUCCAGUGCUCUAACGUCAUGUUCUUGGCUUUCAACACUGCUUGCGGCUUUGCGCAGACCAAGGAGCAACUCUUGGCUUUCCGUUUCCUCUCCGGCAUUGGUGGUUCGGCUCCUCUUGCCAUCGGCGGUGGCGUGCUCGGUGAUCUCUUCAAGCCCGAGGAACGUGGUAAGGCCAUGGGCAUAUACGCCAUGGGUCCUUUGCUCGGUCCUACCAUUGGUCCUCUCGUCGGCGCUUGGGUUGCUGAGUACUCUGACUGGCGAUGGAUCUUCUAUGCCGUGUCGAUUGCUGACCUGUUCAUCCUGGCUGCCGGCUUCUGGAAACUGAAGGAGACCUAUGCACCAUACAUUUUGCACAAGAAAGCCAAGGCAAUCCGCAAGCAGACCGGCGAUCAGAACUACCGUGCUGAGAGUGAAGGCGAUCUUAACACACCUGUGCUGAAGAAGGUUGCCUCAACCAUGGGCCGCUCCUUCAAGAUGUUGUUCACCCAGCCGAUUGUCCAGGCCAUGUCCGUCUACAUGGCCUUCUCAUAUGGUAUCCUUUACCUGGCUUUGUCAACAAUGCCCAGACUCUUCCACGGUCCUGCCCCUAACGGAUACGGACAAGGUCUGGGUAUCUCCGGCCUCCACUACAUUGCCCUCGGUCUCGGUUUCUUUAUCGGCGCGCCCGUCUGCGGCAAGACUUCUGACAAGAUGUAUCAAUACUUCAAGAAGAAGGAUGCCCGCGGUAUGGGAAAGCCCGAGUUCCGUAUGCCGGUCGUCAUUCCCUUCUCGUUCCUUGUCCCCAUCGGCCUACUCAUCUAUGGCUGGGCAGCGGAGAACCUCGUUUUCUGGAUUGUACCCGACAUUGGUCUGUUUCUCUUUGGCAUGGGAACCAUUGCCGCAUUCCAGUGCGUCACCAGCUAUCUCGUCGACACGUAUGCUCGCUUCGCUGCUUCCGCAGUUGCUGCCGUUACCAUCCUGCGUUCGCUCGCCGGUUUCUCAUUCCCACUGUUCGCUCCUGCGAUGUUCGAAGCCUUAGGCAAUGGUUGGGGUAACACAGUCCUCGCCCUUGCCGCUGUUGGCAUUGGAAUUCCAGUACCCAUCAUGCUCUGGCUCUUUGGCGAGAAGCUGCGCAAGCGAUCCAGCAUGGCCAUGAAGGGCAAGCCUCCUGGUGGGCCAGGCGGCCCAGGCGGUCCUGGCAAGGGACCUGGUGGUCCAGGAGGACCAGGCGGACCAGGCGGCAAGCCAGGCAUGGGACCCGGUGGCGGUCCUCCUGGAGCUGGUAAACCUCCUUCCGGCCCUCCGGGCCCUCCUCCCACCUAUCCUGAAGGCAAGGGUCCUGGUCUCAGGCCAUGA